AUGCAGCUAAGGAAUGUGCUAGAAACGGCCCGCUUCCGAGGCGACGCUAAUCUUACACAGGGGGGGUUGUCGUAUGCGGCACAGGCCAAGACGAAACUACGAUACUCGAAAAUUCAACGAUGGCGAUAUGUUGACCUCGCUAUGAUUGACGGUGCUCUUAGCAAACUUCAUUACCUCUUCUUCACUCAAUUGUUAAGCAUGGCUUCUUGGGACAACCGUAUCGUCACUAACGAGCACCUGCUCCCUUACGUCAACUCCAACACCGCGCCGCCAGACAUCAAGGCUGCUCUGCAAACUCUACCAUUCGAAAGGAACAUCUUCAAGCUCCUCGCCAACAGCAAUGUUUUCUUCAAACCAUUCAUGACUCUCCUGUCCUCCAGCUGGAGCGAGAACCGAAAGAUUCUCCCUUCUGAAUGGCAAACCACUGUUCUGCGUACAGCAGCCACCCUUGAUGCCCCUUACGAGUGGGACGUCAACGAGCCUGUUGCUCGCGUCCUCGGUCUUACUGAUGAACAAUUCGCGGCCCUUCGCAAUACUAAAGAACCAUUGCCAGAGAGCCUGUUUACUCCGCGUCAGCGCUUGAUCGCUCGUAUUGUUGAAGAGCUCAGUCGCCAACCUCGGGUCAGCAAGGAUAUCAUGGAUGAGGCUUUGAAGGCUUUCAGUCAUGAGGAAAUUACUGAGAUUUUCUUCCUCAAUGGUAUUUACGGUUUCUUGGCCCGGUUUAUGAAUAGUGCUAGGAUAGAUUUUGAUGAGCCUAUUCCUGGCUUGUUGGACAUUCUAAGCAAGUAUAAUGCGUCCGCCAUUGAGCGAGAGAAGCAGGCGAAGAAGUAG